AUGUUGGAGUAUCCUGGUCCCAAUACAAUUCGGAUUCUAGUCACUUCAGAUAAUCAUGUUGGAUACAACGAAAACGAUCCAAUAGUUGGCGAUGAUGCAUGGAAGACGUUCGCGGAAAUAAUGUCUUUAGCUCGCGAAAAAAACGUAGAUAUGGUCCUACAAGGCGGAGAUCUCUUCCACGCCAACAAGCCGUCAAAAAAGGCACUCUACCAUGUCAUGAAAUGCCUGCGUCUCAACUGUAUGGGAGACAAGCCCUGCGAGCUUGAACUUCUUAGUGAUCCGUCAAUGGUUUUCAAAUACGACGAGUUUACUGACGUUAACUACGAAGAUCCUAAUAUGAACGUCUCAAUUCCUGUUUUCGGUAUUUCAGGAAAUCACGAUGAUGCAUCGGGCAAUGAGUUACUGAGCCCAAUGGAUAUUCUUCAAAUCAGCGGAUUAGUCAAUCACUUUGGCAAAGUCAUGGAAAGCGAUAAUAUCGAGAUAACGCCAUUACUUUUUCAAAAGGGCAAUACAAAACUAGCUUUAUAUGGAAUGGCCUCAGUGCGAGACGAACGACUAUUUCGAACUUUCAAAGAGGGCAGAGUAAAGUUUAAUGUUCCUGCUGUUAGAGAUGGUGAGUGGUUUAGCAUAAUGUGCCUGCAUCAAAACCACACGGGUCAUACCAACACAGCGUUUUUACCCGAGCAGUUUCUACCCGACUUUUUGAAUCUCGUAGUCUGGGGCCACGAACACGAAUGCAUACCACACCUGGUGCACAAUCCAUCCAAAGGAUUUGACGUUCUGCAACCAGGAUCAUCAGUGGCCACUUCAUUAUGCGAGGCGGAAUCAAAGGAGAAGCAAGUUUUCAUCUUGGAAAUAGAAAACGGGAAACAACCAAACUUAGAAGGUAUACCGUUGAGCACUGCACGUCGAUUUAUCAUGAGAGACGUCUCGCUGAAGGAGGUACCAGGCCUCAAGCCCCACGAUCGUGAUUCCGUCACUAAAUUUUUGCAGCGGGAGGUGCAGGAUAUGAUCAUUGAGGGCCGUGGCGGAAAUAUCGAUACUGGCGCAGAGAGAUCGGAAGAGAUUAUCCCCUCUUCGGAACUCCCAUUGAUUAGACUUCGCGUAGAUUAUAGUGCCAAGGAUGAGCAAGGUCUUGAUUACCAGGUGGAGAACGCGAGAAGGUUUAGUAACAGGUUUGUAGGCAAAGUCGCCAAUACCAAUAAUGUCAUCCAACUGUACAAGAGAAAAAAACAGUCCACUAGGAAAGUCCAAAAUUUUCUGGACAUGGAUUCCUUAGAUGCGAAUAGAGGCGAUGACGUUGGUGUGCAGGUAAUGGUGCAAAAUCUGCUAAAAUCCAUGAAUUUGUCUUUACUUCCGGAGCUUGGCCUCAACGAAGCUAUUAGUCGCUUUGUGGAGAAAGACGAAAAAACAGCGCUCAAAGACUACAUUGACAAAGAAAUUGAUAAUGAGGUGAAGCUCCUGAUUGCCAAUCACCAGUUGGGAAACGUGGACGACAUUCACGAUAUCAAGCGGCUCGUUAAAGACGUGAGAUCGGCUAAUACAGUGAAUCCUAAUUCCCUUGAUCUUCGAGAGCAGGAGAACGCUGCUGCACUGUACGCAAAUCAAUCACUCGCUGCCACUGGAGAUCAUUUCAGCGAGAAGACGGGCGAAAUCGACUCUUCCAACUCUACUUCCCGUCGUAGGGUGACAGCAAGCGGAAGGCGCGGAAAUCGAAACAUCGAUAAUACCACCGCUCUAAGUGUAGAGGUAAUUGACUCAGACAGUGAAGAGAACUACUCUGAGACCAACGAGGAAGCUCCAGAACCAAUCCGAAACCGCCAAAGGCGAGAUGUUGAUACAAUGGAUUUCUCAGAAUUUAAUGGAAGUCAUGUUAACACAGCACCAAAGACCGGAACGCGAAAAACGAAAACCAGGCAAAAAGAAGCAAAAACUCCUAAAACGGACCUACUGAACAAUCUGCUCGCGAGCAAAAGAGGCGGAUGA